GUCCCUUUUGUCGUUUAUAUAUAUAUAUAUAUUUAAAAAAAUCAGCGUGUUUACCUGAAGCUAUGCUAGAAAAUGAGCUGACGUCUGAGGUAAUUUAUUUAAUCGAGAUAAGGAAGUAGAGGAGGAGAAAAAAAAUGUUGUUAGCCAAAGGCUAAAGGCGACAAUAGGUGAUUAAAGGUGGCGUUAUAAAAAAAAGGAGGUCAUAGCUGGAUGUGCUUAAUAAUAAUCUUUAUGUUGGGAGAUAUUUGAUAGAUGUGUCGAAAAAGGGGGGGGGGGGGCCAAAAGGCUCUGCAACAGCAGCCAACAUUCCUGCGGAUCCUAAAACCCUUUGUUUUGUGCGCAGGGAGCUGGACUCGACUAUUAAAAACGAUUAACUAUGCAGUAAAAUAGGCACGAAAUGAUGGCCCCGGUAUGAUUUUCUGUUUAAUGAGAUUAUAAGGCCCUUUGUUGUUGUCGAUAGAAAACUAGGUGAGAGGAGAGGAGGAGAAAAAAAGCCGAGGCCUUGUGUACAGAUAUGCGAGCUGUGCCACAUAGCAGGCGUUAUUCAUCAAAUUUAUCACAUUAGAAAUAAAAAAAAAGGGCUUCUGGAGGUAGCUGGGGUUUAUAAUCUGACCUGUAAGACAGCUUUUUUUUUCUCCUCUGUGUCUACUGCCAAAACCGUCGCUGCUUGUGUUGUAUGUAUAAUUAAAUUGCAGGUGGAGGCAGCUCGGAUAUACUUAUUUAUGAUUCAGCGGACAAAAGCAUUGCGCUGCUGCGUUGUGAUUAUUUGAAGAAGGGAUUCAAGCGUCCUUGAGGUCCUGAUAAAAACAGAUUCAGGUUUGUGUGUGUGUGCGUGUAUGUGUGUGUGUGAAUCAGGGUGUGGACUGGAGCUGGUCCUUUCUCAUGGUUUUUCAUGGUCUAAAUUGGUCCGACAUUGAAGUGGAGGAAGCUCUCAAGGUAUAAAAAAAAAAGAAGGAGAGAGAGAGUGAGAGGGGGGGUUAGGCCUGGCUGAGCAGGAGGUUUUUCAUGUGCUAUACAGAGAUUGAUUCACCUCCAUGAUCAUGUGAGUUAUUGUGCCUUGUUUGCAUUUCAUGGUUUACCUGUGGCUGACAGGCUUUUUUAAGCUUCCUGUAGGGCCUAUAAACACACAGAAGCUAUGUAAAAAGCUAGGCCGGCUGUAUGUGUGUGAAUUUAGAGGAAAGGAAAGCACCGUUUACUGUAAUCUGUAUAACGUCAGCCCCUGCUGUGUGUGUUGAAAUCACCAAGGUGUUGUCAUCCUCGCCUGAAGCCUUCUCUGGUCAAUUUUCUGGAAUUUGCCUUCAUGCUGCAGCAGCAAUAAGCAAUACUCAUCGUCUUGUCAGGGAGACUCGUCUAAUUUGGUCACAAGGGUUUAGAUAUACAGGCUGAUCUUUCAGGACGACGUCGGGGUCUGUUUUUAUCUUUUUUCUUUUUUUUCUUUUUUUUGCUCCUCAUCGUGAAAGUGUCAGGUUUCUUUGCGAGGACAGAGAGGCCUUGAGGUCUGGUUGGAAGUGGAAACUAGUUAGUGUAUGCCUGCCCGCACCACUAUGAUGGCCUCUGACAUGGCUGAGACGUGGAGGAACUGUUUUGAGGAGGAGCUCAUCUGCCCCAUCUGCCUGCACGUGUUCUCAGAUCCCAUCCAGCUGCCCUGCAAGCACAACUUCUGCCGGGGCUGCAUCAGUGAGGCCUGGGCCAAAGACUCCUCGCUGGCCCGCUGCCCUGAAUGCAAUCAUGCUUACACGCAGAAGCCCAGUCUGGAGAAGAACCACAAACUGUCCAACAUAGUCGAGAAGUACAACGCCCUGAGCGUGGAGAAAGCCUCCACGCCAGCGCUGCAGUGCAUCCUGUGCCGCCGAGGUCCACCACUCCCCGCAGUGAAAGUCUGCCUGCGUUGCAACGCCCCGUGUUGCCAGUCCCACGUCCAGACGCACCUGCAGCAGCCGUGCUCAGCCCUUGGGCACCUGUUGGUGGAGGCCGAGGCGGUGAAGGCUUGGACCUGCCUGCAGCACGACGAGUAUAGGCUGUACCACUGCGAGGCCGAGCAGACGGCGGUGUGUCAGUACUGCUGCUUCGCCCGCUGCCAUCCAAGCCACGGCCAUGCGGUCACUGACGUGGAGCUGCGACGCAACGACAUCAGACAAAGCCUGUUGAGACAGCAGGAGCGCGUGGAGGAACGAGUGCAGGAGAUCGAGGAGCAGCUCUGCAAACUCGACUCGGACAAGUGUGUGGUGGAGGACAGGGUGUGCGAGCUGAAAGAGGAGGUGCGCCUGCAGUAUCAGCGGAUGCACCAGCUCCUGGAGGAGGAUCUAGGUCGGACACUGGAGGCUCUGGACCGAGCACAAGCUCGGUUCUGCCAGGAGAACGCUGCACAGGUUUUGGUUCUUGGAGAGCAGCGUCACGAGGCCCAGAAGCUGCUGAGCUCCAUUCACACAGCCUUCAGUAAGGCAGAGGAGCUGAGCUUCAUGAAAAACACCAAGCCUGUUAAAAUCCUCACGGACAGGUCUCAGGCAUGUGUGGGCAGCAGUCUCCCUCCUUAUAAAGUGGGGAAUCUAAACUCUAAGCUGUUCCUCUCUGAAAUCUCCAAAAGAGAGAAGAGCUUGAAGAGAACGCUGGAAGCUCCCCUCACCCCACCUUCGACCUUCCUGCAGUCUGUUCCUGCGUAUCCCAGCGGUCAGAGCUCUGGCUCUGGAGCAGAGAAACGGAAACAUUCCACUGCCUUCCCGGAGGGAAACAGCAACGUUGGAAAAAACGCUGCUCCGGGUUUCAAGGACUCCUCCUCCUCCUCGUCUUCUUCUUCAUCUUCUUCUUCAUCGUUAGCCAAACAGCCCUACCUGGGCUCAGGCUCUGCCUCCGGAGAAGGCCAGUCUACCAAUCAGCAGCCUCUCGGUCCCUGUGGCCCGCCUCACAUCAGCGAGAGCGGCGGGACGGGAAGCGGAAGCGGCUCUCUGACCAACCACCACUCGGGAUCCGUGUUCGGAUCCUCGCACUUUCCUCCUGGAGGCAGCAGCUCCUCACACUCCUCCCAGCAGGCCGUGCUGCCUCAAUACGGCGGCCGUAAGAUCCUGGUGUGUACGAUGGAUAACUGCUACUGCUCCGGAGUGCCCUCGGUGUCGGGCCAUCGCAGCCAUCCACCGUACCCACGCUCUGGCUCUUUCCCCUGGGUCAGCGCCCAAGACUACCCCCCUCCUCCCGGCCUGGCCUCUGGAGGUCCGUCCAUGCAGGGCUUGGCAGUGAGGGACUGGAUAGACGCCUCACAGACACACAGACAUGCAGAUUUUUACGGGCUGUAUGGACAGCCCUCUACAAAGCACUAUGUCACCAGUUAACAGAGUAGACACACACACACACACACACACACACUUCGAUAUAGAGACAGGCACCAAAAUAGCACACCUUUCCCAGCUUAUUAACAGGAAAAAAACACAAUGCAGUUAUACUAUACACACAUUCAAAUAUUAAAAUUUAUAUACACACACACACACACACACAUGCACACACAGAUCUAGAAGAUGUAUACACAUUCGGGGGCAGGGUUGAUCUCUUUGUGUUUUUAUGUUCUUAUUUCUUUAUUUUCAGUGUUUCAUGUAGUGUAUUAUACGUAAACGGCCGCUCACUCUGGCACAACUUAGCUCAGCAUUUUACACAAGAAACGAGAGAGAGAAAGAGAGAGAGAGAGAGGUCUAAGACGAUGGUAUGACGUGUAUCUUUUUAUUCAUAAGGCAGGAGAUGGAUUGAUUAGAAUAUGAACUUUUACUUAGGACAUGCCUCUUCACGACUUCUCACCGACGCUAAAGGGAAAAGAGAUAAUACAGAGCAGUGUUGACCUUUCCAGUUUAGCGCCUCAUGUUUCUCUAUUAUAAUCACCCCUCCGGUUGUAUUGAGGUCAAUUUGCCUUACGUUAUUAGCAUCAUAUUUUUCUCUGCCCAGCUCACUUUGUUUGAUACAUCCUUUUUAAAGAGGGUCCCCCUCGUGUCUCUUGAUUUUUUUAUCGUCAUGGCACCUCUUCCUUUCUUUGCCGAGUUCAGGGAUGGAUCGUACGGCUUGAACACACAAAAUGCUCUUCCAUGGAACACCCACAACGCACUUGUGGACGCCUUGUUACGCCUGGACUACAGACCCACAGAGGGACACUAGAGGUGCAUCUGAAAGGGCCGGUAGACCCUGGAGUUUUGGGAAUGUGGCUCUCGCACUCCCUUCCUGCUACCAGGCUUCCCAACAGGACAGAAAAUCUUCUAACAAAGACUGUUUCCAUUUAGUAAUUACUGACUUUGUGUUAUUUGGUACAUCUGUAGGUUUCAUGCUUGUCUAGAGAGACUCUUUGAUUUUAGAGAAACAGGCAAGACUGGAAAGACCAAACCAAUCAAGCAUCUGGAGGAUCUGAUGAUGCUGUAAUUGUACUUCCUGCAGGGCAAAGAUGUCACUUCCUCUCAAUAAGCACACGAGCUCUUGGCUUCCUGUUUGCAGCUAAAAGCAUGCAAGGAAGAGUUUUUUAAAGCACUCAAAAGAAGAACAAUGGGGGGGAGAAAAAAAAUGUAUGCAGUUUUAAAUUGAGUGUAUGAAAGAAAAGAAGUGUGGGAGGAGUUUUUUUCAUGAACUUUUUCUAAAGAACAUGACUGGACUGCGAGAUGUAAGCAAUUGUCAUCAUCCUAAAAAGGAUCUGUUUCGACAGUCAACAUAAAGAGAGAAAAAAAAAGGAAAAAAAACAACAACAUAAAAGUAUCUUUUUUUGUAAAUAUUUUGUGAAAUGGAAAAAUUACAGACGUGAUUUGGAGAAGGGUUCCAAAUAAACGAACAAAUUUAAACCG